UGAGUCAGUAGGUUUGUCAGUCAGGGGUUAGAGUCUAAGUGGUGAGGUUUGGAACCGCUAAUCCGGUUGUGCACCUAUCACCAUGGUUGACACCCGGAGUGGGAAGAGCACUAGCCCCUAUACCCAGGAACAGCAAGAGAAAAUGGCCGCCUUAGUAAGAGAGAACAAGGAGAGGAAAGAGCUCCUGAAACAGGCGAAGUUGAAAGCAAUCGCAGAGGAGCAGGCGGCGAAGAUGAGGAAGUUGGAAGAAGAGAUGGAGGAGAAGAAAAAGGCUGCCAAGGAAGAAGCAGCAGCAGAAGCAGAAGAGGAGACAAAACGCAGGGAAGCAGAAGGGGAGAGUAGUGGCACGAAAAAUGAGGAUGCAGCAAUGGAGAAGAAAAUCAGUGAGGGAAUCGCUAAUUUAUCGUUGGGGAAAGAUGAGGAGGCACAAUUUUAUGUGCCACAGGAUGAGAGGGAUGUGUUAACCAGCAUGCUAACAACAAUCGAGGACCCUCUGGAACGGCAAGAAGCAGAGGAGGAGAAGAAGUUGGAGUGGAAACUGAGGAUGAAGAGGAAGAAGAAGAGGAGGGACGAAGUUAACAGGUUGACCGCGGAGGUGGCAGAGGUCAGAGAUUGUAGACAAGAGGUGCAGGCGCAGGCAGACAUUUCUGCCAAAGUGGAUAAGAUGUUGGGGUAUUUGGAAGUGUUGAGUGCGGCUUGGAUGGAGGACCGCCAAGCUAACUGGGGUCAUGAUGUGGCCCUGAGUGCCAUGCGGUCAGGAUUUCGAGAUUUUGCGCGCGAUAUGGUCACCCACGUUGGAGGCGAAGUCAGGCGAUUGAGAGACGACGUGGGGAAAUUAUGUGAGGGCGCCAUCGAGGGUGCCAAAGCAAUAGCCGCUGUAGAGAGUGAGGCCAGGCCUCGUAAGGAGCCCGUCAAGCUUAAGUUUCCAGAUGCAUACGGCGGGAAGAAGGAGGAGAAUUUCGAUAACUGGAAGGCUGCUGUAAAUAGUUAUGUGUAUUUACAACACAUCCUGACUGAGGAGCAAGUCCUCGUCGCCUUCCAGGCCCUCAAAGAUGAAGCGGCCAGUUUUGCCAGAUCCCUUGCGCGCGCAGCCGGUUGUGAAAACAACCUGAUUGCAUAUUCCAAGAUCACCCCCCUUCCUCAAUUCUUCGAACUCCUGAGGGAGAGAUUUGUUGACCCAACGAGAGGUGUUAGAGCCUCUGAUAAGUUACAGACCAUCCACUCACGACAAUGGAUGAGUGCAAGAGCACUCAAGGGCAUUAUGGACGACUUGGUAGCCAUCCCAGACCAUGGGGUCACUGAGCCCCAGUUGGUCCAAUUGUUUUAUCGUGCCAUGCCAGAGCCCUUGCAUGGGCAUUGCUUCGAUAGAUCUCAACAGGCCAACAUCACAUAUGAUGUGUUGAGCAGAGAAGUGGUCCUGUUUGAGUCGAAGUCCAUGCCAGUGUCCACUUUCUGGCACAAGGACUUGGAUAAGGGGAAGAAGUGGAAAGGGCGUACCAUCUCUGGCCAAGUCAAGGCCAAGGAUCACAUGAUCACAUGAUCCUCACGUUAGAAGAGGGUGGUACCGAUGAAGUCCCCUACAGUG